AUGGUCUCACUACUUCCAACAGUUGGAACUGAGCAUCAAAAUGCAAAGCAAGAAAUAGAUAAAUUGAGAAAUAAUGAAGAACUCUCAAAACAAGAAAACAACAAACUUAAAAGAGAAUUAGAAGAAUCUAAACAAAAAAUAAAUCAAUUGAUAAAAGAUGCAGAAAUCUCAAAACAAGUAAUAAAUAAAUUGAAAAAAGAUGCAGAAAUCUCAAAACAAGAAACAGAACCACUAAAACAAGAAAACAAUAAAUUGACAAAGAUAAUAGAUAAUUCAAAUCAGAUCCGAUCAAAUAAUAGUUCUGAUUCUCCAAAAUUCAGAGUUUUCACUCGCGUUGAAAACACCAACUUAUUAAACCAACCAUGA